AUGCCAAAAACACCAAAUUUCACCCCAAAAGCUCCCAUCGAAAAGCUACCUCUUGCUGUUCGAAAAGAUGGCAAGUUCCCUAUCCGGGAUAACUUCGAGUCCAAGAGGGCUGACUUUGAGGCUCAGAUCACCAAGCUCCUCGGCACAGACUUCAAGAUCAACUACAACGUCGGCGCUAUCUGGGCGUACAACCAAGACGACCGCUCUUCUGCAGGAUACAUCUUGUCCAGCUACACCGAAGGCUUCAUCUCAGCCCUCAAAUAUUUCCUCGAUAAAUAUGCAUCCGACGGCAAGGAUUACUUCAACGCCGCCGUGACCCAAUCCGAGCUGAGUAUCCGCGUCAACACCCUCAACGACAAAGCUCCCUACAUCUCAUCUGAAAUCCAAGAGGGCGUCUACUGGAUCUUUUUCAAGCCCGACUGCCUCGGGACCAACACCGGCUCGCUUGGGGACAGUCUCCUCGCUGCUGUUGAUACUGCGCCGGGGUUUGUGUUCUCCCUCCAGGCGAAGCACUCCAUCGACGAGACCUGGGAAGAGGAGUACGAAGAUCUCACUCAGGAGAUCGCAGAACUGACGGGGAUACCCGAUGUGAAGCUCGACCCCAACUUCGAGGACAAUUUCAAGGCAUUGAAUGUACAGACGGACAAGGGUUGGUACACGAGCUUUGGGGCGGCCACGUUGGCAUACUUCAAGGAUGGGUUGAAGUACCAGCUAGGCAGGGCAGGGUUCAAGGGCGACGAGAUGUUGCAGGAAGGCUUGCAAGAGGCGUUGACGGAGAAGGCGUUUGUGCUAAGGGUUGUGCCCAAGACGAAGAAGACAUACAACGAAAUUAUCCUGGAAAAUGGGACGCUCUAUCUGCAAACUACCGUCGAGUACUGGUAUUGCAAUACGUCGUACAUUGCGGAAGAUGUUCUCGACUUGCUUUAA